AUGAAUAGAUAUGACUCUUAUUCUAGCAAUUACAAUUCACAAUGGGAGGAGUAUUCUCAUACUUUCUAUGGUGGAAAUCAAUAUGUUGAACCAAAUUACUACUCUCAAUCAGAAUAUAAUGAGUUCACCCAACAAUAUUCAGAUCCAUCAAUUGGAGAUCUCAUCAAUGCAUUGAAUGCCAGCACUCUCCAACUUCAACAGAUGUCAGAGCAGGCUUAUGUGCCUUUUCCUCAACAACCUCCUACAAGAAUGUCACAAGAUCAGGAGCCAUCAAUUUCAGAUAUGCUAAAAACAUUAUUGACAAAAUUUAAGAAUGAGGAGGAAAAUAAGGUGAUCCUGAAAAUCAAUAUUUUGCUCCAUACAACCAUUAAGCAAGUACCACCAUAUGCUAAGCUUCCUAAAGAGUUGUACACAAAUAAAAGGAAGUUGAAAGGGUUAUUAAAAGAAACUAGUGCUAUUAUUCGAUUGGCUAAUUGCACUAAUGCUUAUCCCCUAAGGGUACUUGAAGAUGUUUUGGUGCAUGUUCAAUUUGGUAGGCCAUUCCUACUGAUUACAAGUACAAAGAUGGAUGUCAAAUCAUGGGUACUUAUAAUAGAAUUUGAUGGUGAAGUUAUACAGUUUGAUAAGUUUAAUUCUAUUGAUAAGUACAAGAGGAAUAAGUCUAUUUAUCAAUGGAUAGUGAAGCCCCAAACUGUUAUCAAGAAAAUGGGUAUUCUCAUGACAUUUCGACUACGGUGCAUAGGAGUAGAGCUGACUGUCCACAGCCUAAGGUUUAAAGUUGUUGAACACUUGUGCAAUCUUAUUUUCGGAAAUGGUUACUGCAGUGUAGAUGGUUCUGUGCUUGAUCGAAUUUCUAUAAUCAUGUCAUAUUUACAUCUUGGAUCUUUUGGGAAAGUUCUCAAAAAGAAAAAGAAGGAUAGAGAUGUAAAAGGUUUGCCAAGGUUUCAUAGUGAGCCCACCUUUGCAUGCCUUCAAACAAUAGACCCACUCAAAUAUUGUCCUUCCUUUGCCUUUUCAUUCUCUAUCAUAUCAGUGCUUUCUGGUGUGACCACUCUAUAUAACAAUGGAUUAAGGUUUGGUGGCUCAGUGUCUCUUAUUUAUGGUUGGCUUAUAGCUUGUUCUUUCUCCAUGGCUGAGAUUUGUUCUUCUUACCUUACUUCUGGGGGUCUCUACUAUUGGAGUACCAAGCUUGCUGGCCCAAAAUGGUCACCAUUUGCUUCAUGGAUAACUGGCUGGUAUACCAUCACUUAUAGAUUUGUAAACUUGAUUAGAACAAAUUUUAAGGAGCUAGGGUCUGGUCUAUCCUAUAUAGGGUCAAAAAGACUGAUUUUAACACAAACUGGUGGAAAAACUGGUGGUGGAUAUGAGGCCUCAAAGUACUCAGUCAUUGCUUUCCAUGGAGGAAUUUUGCUUCUUCAUGCUAUCACAAAUAGUCUUCCCAUAUCUUGGUUAUCUUUCUUUGGACAGUUGGCUGCUGCAUGGAAUAUUGUUGGAGUGUUUAUUCUUAUUAUCCUCAUUCCUUCUAUUGCCACUGAGAGAGCUAGUGUCAAAUAUGUCUUCACUCACUUCAACACUGAUAAUGAGCAAGGAAUCGGCGACUCGGUUUACAUUUUCAUUCUGGGGCUUUUGAUGAGUCAGUAUUCACUAACUGGUUAUGAUGCAUCUGCUCACAUGGUAGAAGAAACCAAGAUUGCUGAUAAGAAUGGACCAAGAGGUAUAAUUAGUGUUGUUGGGAUUUCUAUCAUUGUUGGAUUAUGUUACAUACUUGGCAUCACUUUUGCUGUAACCAAUAUCACAUCCCUUUUGGAUGAAAAUAAUGAUUCUGGUGGUUAUGCCAUUGUUGAAAUAUUUUACCAAGCAUUUAAGAGUAGAUAUGGUAGUGGUGCUGGGGUAUUGUUUGCUUGGGAGUGGUUGCUGUUGCAAUUUUUUUUCUGUGGCAUGAGUCCAAUCACUAGCAACUCAAGGAUGGCUUAUGCAUUCUCUAGAGAUGGAGCCAUGCCAUUUUCAUCACUUUGGAAUAAAGUCAACAAACAGGAAGUCCCCAUAAAUGCAGUUUGGUUUUCUGCUUCAAUAUCUUUUUGCAUGGCACUUACAGUAAUCAUAUCAAUUUUUUUUCUUUUUUCUUUUACUGACACUAAAGUUUUAUAA